AAGCGCUCUACCAUCCCCUAAUUUAAUAUUUUUGAGUUAUUGGACGUGAUACCCUGUCAUUCAUUACCUGGGAGAUGUCUGCAACUCAACUACUUAACCCCAAGGCGGAGUCGAGGCGGAGAGGAGAGGCCUUGAAGGUGAACAUCGGUGCCGGUGAAGGUCUUCAAGAUGUUCUCAAGUCUAACCUGGGUCCUUCGGGAACCUUGAAGAUGCUGGUUGAUGGUGCAGGCGCAAUCAAAUUGACCAAAGAUGGAAACGUUUUGUUGCGGGAGAUGCAAAUCCAAAACCCCACGGCUGUUAUGAUCGCUCGCGCUGCGACCGCACAAGAUGAUAUCACCGGUGAUGGAACAACAUCUGUUGUUUUGCUGGUGGGAGAGCUUUUGAAGCAGGCAGAGCGUCACAUCUCGGAGGGUCUGCACCCCCGUGUCAUCACUGAUGGCUACGAGAUUGCCAAGACGGAGGCCUUGAAAUUCCUUGAAAACUUCAAGCUCGAGCGUCCUAUUGACCGAGAGCUAUUGCUUUCUGUCGCCCGUACCUCCCUCUCCACCAAGCUCAACGGUGCUCUCGCCGAGAAGCUUACCCCCGACAUCGUCGAUGCCGUGCUCGCCAUCCACAGAGCCCCUGAGAAGCCUGAUUUGCACAUGGUUGAGAUUAUGACGAUGCAGCACCGGUCGUCAUCGGAUACCCAGCUUAUUCGUGGUCUCGCCUUGGACCACGGUGCCAGACACCCCGACAUGCCCAAGCGGGUGGAGAACGCUUUCAUUCUGACAUUGAACGUCAGUCUGGAGUACGAGAAAUCCGAAAUUAACUCCGGAUUCUACUACUCCAACGCCGAGCAGAGAGAUAAGCUGGUUGAGAGUGAGCGCAAGUUUGUGGAUGCGAAGCUGCAGAAGAUUGUGGAUCUCAAGAAGGAGGUUUGUGGAAACGACCCCAACAAGGGAUUCGUUGUCAUCAACCAGAAGGGUAUCGAUCCCCUCAGCUUGGAUGUUCUUGUUAAGAAUGGCAUUUUCGCUCUUCGCAGAGCCAAGCGCAGAAACAUGGAGCGUCUUCAGCUAGUUUGCGGUGGAACUGCUCAGAACAGUGUCGAGGAUUUGUCUCCGGAGGUUCUUGGGUGGGCUGGUCUGGUCUACGAGCACCAGCUUGGCGAGGAGAAGUUCACUUUCGUUGAAGAGGUCAAGGAUCCUAAGUCUGUGACUAUCCUCAUUAAGGGUCCUAAUGGACACACCAUCACCCAGGUUAAGGAUGCCGUUCGUGAUGGUUUGCGCUCUGUCUACAACACCAUUGUUGAUGGGUGUGUCAUUCCCGGAGCUGGUGCAUUCCAAGUUGCAUGUGCCGUACACUUGCAGUCCCAGGCCUUCACCAAGACCGUUAAGGGUAAGGCCAAGUGGGGUGUUGGUGCUUUCGCUGAUGCCCUUCUGAUUAUCCCCAAGACUCUUGCUGCCAACUCAGGCCACGAUAUCCAGGAUUCGCUGGCUGCUCUUCACGAUGAGGCCACUGAUGGCAACACUGUCGGUUUGGAUCUGGUCACUGGCGAACCCAUGGAUCCCGUCCAAGAGGGUGUCUUCGAUUCUUUCCGUGUUCUGCGCAACUGCAUCGCUUCCAGCACAGGCAUCGCCUCUAACCUCCUUCUGUGCGAUGAGCUACUGAAGGCUCGGCAGAUGAGCAAAGCCGGUGCCGGUGGCCCCGGUGGUCAGGAAGAGUAA